AUGCUAGCCGGAAUCUAUCUUAUGAACGCUAUCGUCGCGCCGCUCGCCAUCUUCUACAGCUGGACAGCCGCAAAUAUUGCAGGCGCAACCAAACGCGCCUUCUCUGCCGCUAUCGUCAGUGGCUCCUUCUCCAUCGGCAACAUCAUCGGUCCGCAGACGUUCCAGGCUCGAGACGCGCCACAAUAUCGCCCGGCCAAGCUUGCCAUUAUGGGAACUCUGGCAGGUUGUGCUUCUGUGACUUGCACGUUAUCUGCGUACUACACUUUUGUGAAUCGCAAACGGAACGUGGUCGAUCAAACGUUGGAGGAGCAAUACAUGCAGCGCGAUGUAUGGCAAAGGCUUACGGAUAGGGAGAAUCCAAGGUUUACGUACGUGUACUGA